AUGGCUCCCAGCUCGGAGGCUGCGAUUAAUCAGUUGAGGACGGUCUUCCCCAAGCUCACCGAAGCACUGGCGAUUGUCAAGCAGACAGGAUCCAAGUUUGCUAUUCACACAACCGGCCACAACCUCAAUGCUGGCUUUAGUAGUGCAGAAGAGACUACUAUCUCGCUCGACUUGGGUCGGGAAAUACCUGGGGGCGACGUGUAUGCCUGGCUGGAGGAGCAGAAGCUGUCAGCUAUUGGAGGUCGAGACCAGCAGGAGGGUAGCGACGACGAUGACGCCGCCGCGCAACAGGCAGUGGAUACAAUGUCCGAAACGGUGCACUCUCUGGCCAAAGAAAAGGGACUUUUACUGAACUUCAAGUGUAUGGGCUUUGCCACGGCAUCUCAACGGGUUCUGGGCAGCUAUGGGGCCGAGAACAUCAGGAGGAUGCAGGAGGCUGCGGCCAAGUACGACCCCGAGGGUUUUUUCCAGAAGCUGCAGUACGGGUGGCUUUCUCCUGCGCAACAGCCCCUAAACGUGCUCGCCCCUUCCCAUGAGUGA